UUUGCCUCUAAAAAAUCCCGCUUUGAGCACUAGCAAACCUCAGUAAAUAAAGCGAGAUCUUUUAUCUGAGGUUCAAGCAUCCAGGGCCAUAGCCCGAGCGUCUGAAGAAGGCGCAGGAGGAGAGGGCGGAGAGCGUGGGAUCAUAGACGCGAGACCCGGCCGUCCUGCAGACGAUCCUCCUCACGUAAACAAACCGAGGGAGGAACGGAAAAGGCCUAAGACAUUGCCUAGGCCUACGGACCUUGCCUAGGCCUACGUGCCAGCCCUCAGGAAAGGUUGGAUGAUCCGGGGAUGGCUUUGAUCUUCAGCUUAGUGAUAAUUUUGGCCGUCAGCUCCUUCACAGAUUCAAAAAAUGUGGCUUUGGACACAUCCUCCUUGUCAAAGGUCCACCCUCCAGAUGUCAAAGAAGUCAGUCAGGACGAACCAUCCACUACCCUUUUUACCAACAUCACAGACACUUCUGCAGCUGUAAACACUUCCCAGAAUCCAGCCACUUCCUCAGCAGUUGUCAGUGCAGCAUCUACCAGUGAUGGCACUUCUGUAACAUCCAUUGCUCCUUCAUCACCAAAUGUAACAGACUCAACUACAUCUGCAACCACAAAGAUGUCAACAGCUCAGCCAACUUCCUCACCAUCAACAACCUCUCAGGCCCCCCAAACCACAUCCACCCCAACAAAACCAACAAGUCCGACCACGUCUGCCACCAAAACGACAUCUGCAUUAACGACAUCAGUCAUUCCUUCGUCGUCCCCUGAUGUGACGUCUACGCCAUUGAAGUCAACAACAGGGAUUCCCCCAACACCUAUCACGACCACCACUCAACCCAGCACCACUACAGUGCCUCCUGAACCCCCCCACCCAGGGCUAUCGGUUGCUCUGUCCCUCUUCAUCUUACUAGCUGUGAUAUUAAUUAUUGGUGCAGGCGUUUGGUGGAUCCGACGGAGGCGGCAAUUAGAAAGGCUCCGUCAUCAGCUGAUGCCAAUGUAUAACUUUGACCCAACUGACGAUGCAGAUGAUUGGGAGAAUCAGUUGUUGGAGGAAGAACGCUCCCUGCGCCCAGAAGCUGAAAAGAAAUGGUGGGAGGGAAAUUCAUCAGAACUGGUCCAGCCGCAAGUUCAGAUGUACUCUGGAAAUUCAACCUUUGACACCAGUCAAAAAGCUCCAGCAGGUGCAACACAGAAAGACUGACACUGUUAAUUACAAGAAAAUACUUGUAUAUGUUUUGUAUCUCAAGAUGAUAAUCCCAUAAGUGAUGUGCCAGAAGCUGCUGGAGGUGCAACGUUAGAGCUGGAGCCAAAACGAUGUCCGAUGGCUGCAGUGGAACCUCUCAAGAAACAAGUGGCUCACCGUCUGCAUUCCCCUGAUUGAAAUUAACGUCUAGUCCAUAUAAGUUGUGAUAUUUUUAGGGCAGCUAUGUGCCUGUCAUCUAUCUUCCAAUUUGAUUUUUUUUUUUUUUUUUCAAUGUUCUAUCCGAAGAGGUUGAUAUGUAUCCUGAAGGUGUUAUUUGUGUGCUCAUGUUUGGAGCUAAGCUAGGCUCCCCAUUCGAGUUUGUGUUUUUAUUUCAUGAAAGGUUACAAAAUGGUGUACUCCACUUUUAGUGUUUUGAUUUACCAAGUAUUACAUGUGUGUGUGUGUGUGUGUGUGUGUGUGUGUGUGUGUGUG